AUGGGAAGAUCAUGUUUGCCGAAAUGGCGACUAGGAAGACUAAUGGCGGGAGUACAAGUGAUUUUAGGGUUACUAGUGAUCACUGUGAGUCUCUCAUGUCUCUACAGAUUUCAUUCAGCGGGAUUCUUCUUGCACAACGAAGACACUUGCCGCAAUAUCUACACUAUCAAACAAGUCAACAGUGAAGGAUUCGACCUAAAGGCUCUGCACGAUGGCGUCGAUGAAGUCCUCCAAAAGAUGGAUAACUUGUACGAGACGCUAGAGAAGACUGUAAAAGAGUUGGAGAAGAGCAAAGACGGUAGCAAAAAGGAGAUGAAGAAGUUUCUUGAAGAUGAAGUAAUGAAGCCAUUUUACUCAGCUCAUAUCGGUCUAAGGCAAAUCCGGUUACCAAAACCCGAAGGAAUCAGAAGAAACUUGACGGAAAAGGAAGAGCCUUUGAUCAAUAAGUUUCUCGUUGAGGAGAUAAGGAAGUACAUUACCCCUAAGGAGAAUAGGGUUGGGAAGAUAAACAUGUUUGGAACGGAGAGAGUUUACAACACUAUAGGACAUGCUUGUGUGUUGAUGAAGAUUGAUCUAGAGAAGUAUAUGGAUUACGAUGUUGGAGCGUAUUGCGACGAUGAUUGGAAUCUGGCACAGAAGCUGAUGCUCAACGGGUGUGACCCGUUACCUAUAAGACGAUGCUUGACAAGAGCAUCAAUGACUUACCAGAAACCAUAUCCGAUCAACGAGUCAUUGUGGAAACUUCCUGAUGAUAGAAAUGUGAGAUGGGGGAAUUACCAAUGCAGGAACUUCGCGUGCUUAUCAAGCAAGAACCCUAAAAGGGGUUACACAAAAUGCACUGGAUGUUUUGAGAUGGAGAAAGAGAUUGAGAAAUGGGUCAAGAACAGUAGUUUGUUGGUUGAUUUCAUGAUUGAUGAUGUUCUGAGAGUGAAGCCAGGUGAGAUCAGGAUUGGAUUGGACUAUGGUGUUGGGACAGGAACAUUUGCAGCAAGAAUGAGAGAAAAGAAUGUGACUAUUGUCACAACUGCUUUGAAUUUGGGAGCUCCUUUCAAUGAGAUGAUCGCACUGAGAGGUUUGAUCCCUUUGUACAUCUCUGUGAACCAGAGGCUACCGUUCUUCGACAACACUAUGGAUAUGAUUCACACUUCUGGGUUGAUGGAUGGUUGGAUCGAUCUUCUUCUGAUGGAUUUCGUGCUAUACGAUUGGGAUCGAGUGCUGAGACCGGGUGGGUUACUGUGGAUUGAUAGAUUCUUCUGUAAAAAGAAGGAUCUUGAUGAUUAUAUGUACAUGUUCUUGCAGUUUAGGUACAAGAAACACAAGUGGGCUAUUUCACCUAAAUCAAAGGAUGAGGUUUAUCUCUCUGCGUUGCUUGAGAAACCUCCUCGUGCAAUCUAA